UUUCAAAGCAAAAAUCUAUGUUUUAUUCUAUUACACUCUGCUGUUUCCAAAACAGGCCAAAUAAUUUCUACCCCUCAAACAUUUACCAGUGGCAGAAAACAACUAUGAAAUCACACUGGGGCCAUAAAGUACUAAGAGGAAAUUUCUAUAAAGCCACACAACCGUCUCAUUUCCUUGUGGCCACACUUUAUAUUCAUUCAAUGAAGAAUCAGGAUCUACACUGCACCACACAUGGGGGGCUGACUAGGCACAGACGUACCUGGUAAUCUUUGAUUUCUCCAACUCUACAGUGGAUCAAGGUUCUGGCAAAUGUAGAAGUACCUCAAACCUUUCUGGUCAUUUUCAAACUUAAAUUCUGUAUACAGUACAAGCAUACUGUUGAGGGUGGCUUUAAUGUUGCAUAAAACUGCAGCUUAUGGAUAGCAGGGAUGGGUGAAGUUGCCACACCUCAUCACUGCAUGCCAUUCAGUACCUUUUAUCCGUUAAAGUUCAGGCUACCACAUCAGCACUAGGAUAUUUUAAAUCCUUAUAUCUGAAAGCACAGGAACCUCUCCACUUUUCUGUGUGUGUAGUGUAGCCCUUGGCACAUUGCAGAAAACAAAAACAAAGAAAAAAUACAAAAAAUAUCACCACCUGUACGGGGUUGAAUAGUAUUCCUUAAAAUUUCGUGUCUACUUGGAAUUUGUGAAUAUAACCUUAUUUGGAAAUAGAGUCUUUGCAAAUAUAAUCAAGUCAAGAUUAGGUCAUACUGUAUUAGAGAGGGCCCUGAACCCAAUGUGACUUGUGUCCUUAUCAUCCUUACAAGAGGGAAAUUGACCUGGCGCAGUAGCUCACGCCUGUAAUCCCAGAACUUUGGGAGGCUGAGGUGGGUGGAUCACAAGGUCAGGAGAUCGAGACUAUCCUGGCCAACAUGAUGAAACCCCAUCUCUACUAAAAAUACAAGAAUUAGCUGGGCUUGGUGGCACAUGCCUGUAAUCCCAGCUACUCGGGAGGCUGAGGCAGGAGAAUAGCUUGAACCAGGAAGUCGGAGGUUGAAGUGAGCCAAGAUUGCACCACUGUACUACAGCCUGGGCGACAGAGCGAGAUUCCGUCUCAAAAAAAGAAAAAAAAAGACAAGGGAAAUUUGGACAUGGAGAUACAGAUAAUGAAAAGAAGGGCAUGAACAGAUGGAGGCAGAGAUUGGAGCAAUGCAUUUAUAAGCCUAAGAAUGCUAAGGAUUACCACCAACCACCAGAAGCUGGAAGAGAUAAGAAAGGAGUCUUCUAUAGCAUGUUUAGAAGUAGUAUGUCCCACCAACACCUUGAUCUCAGACUUCUAGUCUCCAGAAGUGUCAGACAGUAAAUUUCUAUUGUUUUAAGCCACACAGUUUGUGAUACUUUGUUAUGGCCACCCUAGGAAACUAAUACACCACCCAUGAAUAUCCACGUACCACAUGCAAGUUGCCAUGCUCAGCGUUGAGAAUAUGGAACAAUGGAGAGGUAUGCCUGGUAUCUGGGACACAUAUCAGUGUCUAUAGACAUAGAGGAGGAAGGCAAAAGAGUGUUCCACUUUAUUUUUACUCCAGUGUAUUGCUUUUCUUCUAAAGAGCCACAGACAAUGACUUCUCAUCCUCCUCUUCCUCGUUAUUCCUUGGCUUACAAACUAAUGCAUACAUCAUGGGGUUCCCAGUAUUUCCUUUUCCCCCCAAUAUUUUAUGCCCCAUACUUGUGUUUAUACUGUGAUAUAAUAAAAUGGCACGAAGUAGAAACACACCCUUCGCAUGGAGCACACAUUACCCAGUGGUUUUAUUAAGACUUGUGUUUUGGCAUCUGAGCUAUGUGAAAUCUCACUCAAGGCUCUACGAUGCCGGUAUGUUCUCUAUAUGAAUGUGGCAUGACUGAAAACAUAAAACUGUUAUCACAAAACUGUUACAUACAUUGUAAAACAAACAGCUCUCUGAUGUGGUUUGGCUCUGUGUCCCCACCCAAAUCUCAUCUCAAAUUAUAGUCCCCGUGUGUCAAGGGAGAGACCUGGUGGGAGGUGACUGAAUCAUAGGAGUGGAUUCCCCAUGCUGUUCUCCUGAUGGUGAGUGACUUCUCACGAGAUCUGAUGGUUUAAAAGUGGCAGUUUCCCCUUUGCUCUCUCUCUCUCCUGCCGCCUUGUGAAGCAAGUACUUGCUUCUCCUUCUGCCAUGAUUGUAAGUUUCCUGAGGCCUCUCCAGCCAUGCAGAACUGUGAGUCCAUUAAACCUCUUUUAUUUAUAAAUUACCCAGCCUCAGGCUAUUCUUUAUAACAGUGUGAAAAUGGACUAAUACACUCUCAAAAUCCAUCCAGUGCAUAAAAGCACCAUUUGAACUGCCACAAAUGCAAUAAGGCCUCUGAAAUUUUCUAGUUCCACCCUUUCCAUCACCUCAGCUAAAGUAUCUUCUCCUCCUAAACUGCAGGACCUCCUUUUAUAAGAGUGAGAAUUCCUAAAUUAAAAUAACCAACAGAAAGUGCAAAAGAAGGAAGGGAGAAAAGGAGGGUGGGAUGGAAACAAAAUUGAUGAGUGCAGUUGUAAGUUUCAGGGAUUCUUUACAUUCCUAACAUUGGUUUAUUUGGUAUUAUAAAUUAAGAAAAUUGAGAGGCGCUGCGGAGACGCGUAGAGGAGCGCGCCCCCCGGCCGCUGCCGCCCCUGGCCCGUGCCGUCACCCCGCUUCUCCGCGCCUAAGGCGGUACCCAGCCAGCCCCCAGCGCCGCGCUACCGCGCUGACCGGCCCUCCAGACACCUCCCGGUACCCGGGACCCCAGCCCGGCCGCUCGCCCGCAGCCCGCCGGCCGCACACGUCCCUGGAGCCGGGCCUAGGGCGGGCGGCAGCGGCGGCUCGGCGCAGUCAGGCUGGGCUCUGCGGCGUCCCCAUGGCCGCGGCCGGCUGGCGGGACGGCUCCGGCCAGGAGAAGUACCGGCUUGUGGUGGUCGGCGGGGGCGGCGUGGGCAAGUCGGCGCUCACUAUCCAGUUCAUCCAGUCCUAUUUUGUAACGGAUUAUGAUCCAACCAUUGAAGAUUCUUACACAAAGCAGUGUGUGAUAGAUGACAGAGCAGCCCGGCUAGAUAUUUUGGAUACAGCAGGACAAGAAGAGUUUGGAGCCAUGAGAGAACAGUAUAUGAGGACUGGCGAGGGCUUCCUGUUGGUCUUUUCAGUCACAGAUAGAGGCAGUUUUGAAGAAAUCUAUAAGUUUCAAAGACAGAUUCUCAGAGUAAAGGAUCGUGAUGAGUUCCCAAUGAUUUUAAUUGGUAAUAAAGCAGAUCUGGAUCAUCAAAGACAGGUAACGCAGGAAGAAGGACAGCAGUUAGCACGGCAACUUAAGGUAACAUACAUGGAGGCAUCAGCAAAGAUUAGGAUGAAUGUAGAUCAAGCUUUCCAUGAACUUGUCCGGGUUAUCAGGAAAUUUCAAGAGCAGGAAUGUCCUCCUUCACCAGAACCAACACGGAAAGAAAAAGAUAAGAAAGGCUGCCAUUGUGUCAUAUUCUAGAAUCCCUUCAGUUUUAGCUACCAACUGCCAGGAAAAGCCCUCAUCUUCUCUUCCUCUCCUCAGUUUACAUCUUGUUGGUACCUUUCUAGCCUUAGACAAAUGAUCACCAUGUUAGCCUUAGACCAAGAAGCUGGCUAGUCCUUUCUGUGAAGCUAAUACAAUGGUCAUUUCCAGACAAAUUUAAAGGAAACACUAAGGCUGCUUCAAAGAUUAUCUGAUUCCUUUAAAAUAUAUGUCUAUAUAUACAGACAUGCUCUUUUUUUAAGUGCUUACAUUUUAAUAGAGAUGAAUCAGUUUUGGAAUCUAAGCUGUUUGCCAAGCUGAAGCUACAGGUUGUGAAAUAAUUUUUAACUUUUGGAAUCAUACUGCCUACUGUUACUCUAAAUAGAAAUAUAGGGAUUUUUUUUAAUGUGAAUUUUUGCCUAUCUUUAAACAUUUCAAUGUCAGCCUUUGUUAACCUUAAAUACACUGAAUUGAAUCUGAAAAAAAAAAAAUAAAAAAUAAA